UGAAUCUAAACUGAGUUGGAAAAGUGCUUCCGGGUCAUUUCAGUCUGUUAGAAAGCUUCCUAAGAGAAACACCUUCUCAUAUCUGUCAUAUAGAAGUGUGUAAUGCGUCUGUGCUGUUGCAGGUUGGUGCAGAAUGAGCUCACUGAUGACGCAGCGCCACACUUUGCUGACCUGUUCCAGGCAGACACAGGUCUCCUCCACCUCUUGUUAAUCAGCAACCAGUUCUCUGUGGAGGGGAUCCAGCAGCUGGCCGAGGCCCUCCCUCACAACUCAGCCCUCAAAGAGAUCUGUGUGAAAGGAAACCAGCUCUCGGAGGAGGAAGAGAAACAGUUUGUGGCAGAGAAGAGGCUGCGCUUCCACUAAGGGGCACCAACCUGAGACCUGCUGAGUCAUGUCUUUAAAGAACUGUGUUAGUAUUAAAAAGUCCCACUGUCAGUGAAGGGGAAUUACACUCGUAUAUGUACUUCACAUCCAUGAGGAAACUGUCGCUUUCAUGUCAUGAAGGAGAUGAAAAUAUUUUAAAUUUGAGGUGACUAUUACAAAAAAGGGGAAGCACUGAUGUAGAAAUGUAUUUUUAUGCGUAUAAAACUUAAUUUAAUUUAUUAUUUGACUGUUACUCAAGGUGCUUUGACAUGGUUUGGGGUUAACUUUAGUGUGAAUGUAGGGCCUAAUGUUCACUGUGCAGAUCAAAAAGAGUGUGUUUUGUUGCAUCCUCCUGAUGUGCAGCUGGAAAGGGCUUUAGUCACUGAGGACAAAACAUGGAGCUCCUUUCAGUGAAGAAGACUACACUAUAUAUCUAUUUCCCUACAGAGAUCUUUUCCACAUCUCAUGUCUGUUCUUAUAAAUUAUUUGUAUUUGA